AAUUCCGCUUAUCUUAUCUACGUACUGAGUAAAUAUUAAGUUUUACUUUUUCAAUUGUACCAAUAAAACUAUAGACAUGUUGAAAAAUUUUGGUGACAGAUAAAGAAAAAUAUAAAUCCAGUUUGAAUAUUAACACUGAAGUUUCGAUCGCAAUAGUAAUUUGCUUAUAGAAAAUAAUAUAUUUUUUUAAACUACUUUCUAUAUAAUAAAGUAUUUACAAAAAUAAUCUAACUAUUGAAAUCAGCAGCGUAUUAAAAUACUGUACAAGAUAAUAAUUGAAUUACUGUAAAUGAUAUCUCUUUUAUGGAAACCAACGACAUUGACAUUAAUGACAAAAUAAAAAGUAAAAUAGUUUCAUAUCACCAAUUGUAAGACUAUUAGUAUCAUACAAUAUCAUACAAAUAUUCAGUUGUAAAUAAAAAUGAUAAAUUAUUAUAACUCUAAUAUUAAGAAUGGAUACAUUUAAAAAUCCACUAGAAACGGUACAACUUAUACCAAUAUUUAGUUAUUUAAACAUACUCAGUGAUUUUUUAUUCAUUGAAAAUUAUCUAUCAGAAAUUGAUCAAAAUAAACAAAUCCCAAUUAUUAAUGCACUUUAUAAAUAUUUGCAAGACUACGAGGAGAAUGAAUUCAAAAAAGCUCAAUUAAUUAGAGAAUUGUUAAAAGGCAGCGAUCUUUAUGGAGAAAAAUAUGAAGAAUACGUUGAUGUUACUUUUGUUACAGUUAUGUUUGAGCACAUUAUUAGUUCUUUAGUAUUUCACAAAUAUGGAAAUAUUUAUGGCUUUUUGGCUAAUAUUUUUCGUGAAGCAGAAAACCCUCAAAUAGAAGAAGUAUUAAAUAGGAUAAUAUUAGAUCUUGAAAAUGCGUCUUUUGAAAAUGAAUGUGGGGAUAGUUCAACACUUAGUUUUCUAGCAGUAGGCAGAAUAUAUAACGACAUAAUAUUACCUCUUUUUCCUGUACCAAAUACAAAUCUUAGUUUAUUGUCUAUUGAUUAUAUUUAUGCACAAGCUGGUUCAAUGUUUCUUCGAGCUGGUAGAAUAAAUCCCAACAAUUAUAUUAAAUUCGAAAACAAUGUUGCAAAUCCAACUGAGGAUAAUUUAUUUGACCAAUACUUAAUAACCGGUCAAGUAAUUGAAAAGUUAAUUUUAACUGAUGAGAAGAAUUUUGAAAUGUUAAAAGCUUUUGCUCUCCCUGCUCUAAUAUAUUAUAUUUUUAAUUCCGAAUAUUUGUUUGACUAUGAAAACAUGGUAAAUUUAAUUACAAAAUCAAAUUUCUGGCAAGCAGCGUAUACAAAUUUAUUUGAAUAUACAACUCAAGCUUUUAAUGACAUUAAUGUUAAGUUAAAGAAUGACUACACAUUAAAAAUGCACCUAGCACUUUCUAGUUUUCAAAGUAAGGUAGCAUUGGCAAAAACUUUCAUGAAUAAACAUUGUUCACAUUUGGACAAGAAAGAAAGAGAUUUAGGAUUUUCAUUUUAUUGGCAUUAUCCCAAAUCUUUUUACUGUGAAAUAGACAAACGUUUACCUGAUCCAAAUGAGUAUUUUAAGAAUCAACUCAAUAGUUUAAUCGAAUUAUAUAGAAGAUUUAAUUUUCAAUUAGUUCAAGAGGCCUUUCCAAAUUCUCUAAUAGAGAAACUGGGCAAUAUGACUGUUAUUAUAAAAUUACUUUUACCUCUAAAUACAACAGCACAUAGUGAUUUUGAAGAACCGCAAAAUUUAUCUUAUGACGUUUUGGAAUUUUAUUUUCCAAAUAAUAAUACAAGUUUUGAAUACUAUAUUUUAAAACAAGAAGAUUAUAGUGUAAUAUUAACAAAAUAUUCUGAUAAUGAAAAUGUUUUUACAGAAGACAUUAGGUUAUAUAUUGAAAAAUUACUUAGUGCGGCAACACCUAUAAUUUUAAAAAGAACUGACGAAAACAUUACUGUUUUUUUUCAAAAUUUACUAAAUUAUAAAAAAUCACGAUUUGAGUCUCACUUUAAAAUGUUAGACAACAGUCAAGGAGAAAAUAAAGAAAUGAAAAGUGAUUGGUGGAAAGAAUUUGGUUUAUCAUUAGUUCCAUAUUAUCCUUGUUUAUCAGAUACAUUAGGAAACAAUUACACACAUAUUUGUGCAUCAUAUAACACAGUAUUUUUUUAUAAAUCUUCAAUUGACAUAUCUUCAAAAGCAAUACAUACUAAUUCACGUUCUUUUCUGUCUUCAUUAGGCACAAAUAUCAAAUCUGUGUUUUUAAAAAUUGCAAGUAGUGAAACAGUAGAUGAAAUUAUAACAAAUCGACAAACUUACAAACUAUCAAUAACAAAUCUACUAGGUAAAAAUAAAUUACUUGAAGAAAUUUGUUUACACAUAAAAGAUCCUGCAUUUCAAUUGACAUUUAUAACUAAAGACAAUAUAAAGGCAUUUGAAAAAAUAAUUAAUUCUUUAAGAGAAAAGAUUAAUUUCAGUUUUACGUCAGUCAUUAAUAGUCUUUCUAAAAUAUCAGCUUUAAAAUCUAGCUUAUACAAAACCGUUGGUAUGACUGAUGAAAAGAAUUCUCGAUUAAUUUUCAUAAAUACUUUAAAUAACCAAAGUGGUUAUGGUUAUAAGUUUAUUUUUAUAUCUGACGAUGUGUCAAAAAUUGCACAGUUAAGAACAGGUUACGAAUUUAAAGAUAAAAGAUUUUUAGCACAAGGGGAUAUAGAAAAAGAAAUGAAAAUGUUUAUUGCUCUAAAUAAUGGAAGUUUUAAACCUGAUUAUGUUAUGUAUGAAAUUAAUAAUCAACUUUGGCGUAGUUCAAAAAAACUUUUAUUUUCUGGAAUACCAAUUCAACCUGAUGAUUAUGAUGAAAAAUGUAAUAAUGAUAUUAGUUAUUUUGAAAAGUCGAAACUUAAUAAUCUUUGCCGAAGACAACGACGUUUUAGUGACAAAUCUGUCUACGAAGUAGAAGCCGUAACAUUUAUUAAGAAUUAUGCAAGAGUUCCUGAUGAACGCAUACGCAAUGUGCUUGGAAAAUUCACAUUUCCAGAUAAAGCAACCCUAAUGCGAUUUGUUAAUUACUGGCUUAAGAACAAUUCCUUUGAAGAACCUAUUUGGAGUGGAAACUAUAUAAUUGACAAUCCUGAUCUUUUAAGAAAAUUAAGAUAUGGCUCACGUUUUGAAGAACAUAAUAUAUCAAAUUUUGAUGGUGAAUUUAGAAUCAAUGCUCUUUAUUCAAAAGAAGAAAGACAUCAGAUUGAGAAAGAAGCAUCUAUAGAAAAUAUAAUUAAAAAUUACAACGAACAGAAAGCAAAGUAUUCAGUAACAUUUCAUGAUUACUAUGCGAUUAGGAAUUAUGUGACAACAGGAUAUACGAGAAUUACAAGGGAUACCCAGGAAGCAAAGUUGAUGAAGAUUGCAUUAUAUAAAUUAGCUAUAAGACAAUCUGAUGAUCCAGACGAAGAGUUUGAUUCUAAAUUAUUUAGAAUGGAAUCUAAACCAAGUGCAAUACAUAGAAAUUUACUUUCUCAAAACUACAUUACUCUGCAAAAAUUUACACAAGCUUAUUCAAGUCAAACGUCCGCUAUUAGAUUUGCUGGUUAUCCUGCUCCUGAAUUUAUAAACAUUUUGUAUGAAAUGAAAUUUAUUGGAUCAUAUGCAAGGGCAAAAAUUGAACAAUUUUAUAAUAUAAAAGAGAAAAAUGUAAUUCUUUUGCCUGGAAGUGUAUUCCUUAUCGAAGGCCAUGAAAUAGUGAACAUUAAAGAAUUAGGCAAGGUUUUAAAAUUAAAGCUAAAGUUUCGACACACUAUUAAUGAGAAGUACGUAUGGCUUAUAAAUAUCAUGAAUAAAAUUGCACGCAUUAGUUUAUAAUUAUUGUAUAUAAUAUAUAGUUCAAAAUUUUUAAAAAUUAUUGUUUAAUAAACUACAGUUACCGCAAACUGGUACAGUAUAAAUUUUGGGGAUGUGCUUUUUUUUCUUAAAUGUUCUGUUUAUCCUGGGUAGAGAAACCGUUAAAAUGUAUUAUAUUUAACAUGAAAUAAAAUUGUAUAAUAGCCUGAGAAUUUUUUUAGAUAUUUUUUUUUUGAAAUCAAACUGCUGGUUGAAAAGAUAUGUUUCAUUUUCCAAGGAAAAAUGUGUCAACAAGUAAUGCAAAUGUUCAAAUUGUCAACACAAGAAAAUGGUGUCUUCAUAACAACAAAAAUUGUGUUAAAACAAUACUCAACACUUUUAACACCAAUUGACGGCGUCUCUGUUAAUCAUUUAUUAUUCGUAUCUCUUCUAAAAUCAUGAUUUAAAAAAAUUUUAAUUUAAUGUUUUUAAUAAUGUAAUAAUUUAAUAACAGUAAUAAUAGUAAAAAUAAUGUAUAUUUUUAUUGUAAAAUUUUAUAAAUAAUGACUUUAGCUUAACAA